AUGUCGUCUUUCCACACUACUUCCUCUGCAGCAGCAAACCCAAAUCGCAGCAGUUUCUACCUAUCCGAAUCCUUUGCCUUCCUCGAUGACUACACUCGAGAUGUCGUGCAGCCCGACGUGCCAGCGUCAGAAUUCGACCACCGCUUUCAACGCCGUAAAACAACCUUAGAGACCAUCCAACGAAGGUCCAGACGAAAGCAACGACCAUGGAACCCCCUCGUGGAUUACCUAUCCCCUCGUAUGAACGUCGUCGGAGCUCUACUGCCCAUCACUUCGUCAUUUCUAGAAACGGUCCUGCUGCUUUACUUGUUCACGACAUAUUAUAGUUUUCCCCCUGACCCAGAGACGGGGGCCCACCCACCUCGCAUUGCUGAACUCUACAGCACAUUCCCGUUCAUAAGCUGCGUGGGCUCGAAGCGUCUCCCCAUCUACCAGGGCCUCACGAUGUGCGUGGUCCUGCUGAACAUCACCUCCACCAGCGUCACCUUCUAUCGCUGCCGCGAUGAGCAUAUCGGUUGGCAAACGCGGCGCACCGGAUACUUAGCCAGCGUCGUCGCCGCCGGUCUGAGUAUUUGGGUCGUUUUUGCCGCUGCCAAUCCGGAUCGGCAUCUUCAUCUGCUGGUCACGGCCGUCAAAGGUUUGGCUGUCUUCUGCAUCAAAGCCACGAGCUGCUUCAUGGACCACUUGCAGCGUCGCCACUAUCCUGCUCUCCGGAAGACGGGGGUGUUCAAUUUUUUACUUUGGUGGAAGGGUGUUACUAUAUUUCUUGCUUUCCCUUUGGCCAUCAUGACCGACGUCGCCAUCUUCGGCUGCAACGACGCAAGUAAAUCUGAAAUCCAGACUCCAGGCACGAAGUGCUAUCAAAUCCUCGCUCUAGGCGCGCCGGCAGAAUGGUUCUACGCCCUCAUGACGGUUUCGUGGAGCCUGACGAUUGCUUUUGACAUAUACACGACGCCGAUUGUCAACAAGGUGAAAGCACAGCAAGAUCAAGCAGAGAUGAAGCUUUUGUCGCUUACAAGAAGGAGUUCGGAGAGUCCGCAGAGCCUGGAGUUUAAGGAUCCACACGCCCGCAAGAGCGAAGCGGAGGAUGGUGAUGAGGAUUCUGAUGAAAGGGUAAAGACGUGGAAGGAGAUUGGAUUGAUGAAGAAGCGCAACGGUGGGUAUGAACAUCUGGAUUCGGAUAGUUGGGAUGCGAAUUCGACGGCGUUGGCGGCUCGUGGUGAGCGCGAGGACAAGGAUACCGACGAAGAAUUGGAUCUGGGCCUCGCUAUAAGGGUGAGGGGUGUUGUCUAA